AUGUUUGUCCGCUCAACGGCUGCAUUAAAUUGGCAUUAUAAGUACUGGCAGAGACAGACUGCUGGAUAUUUACGAACAUAUAUGAAGAACAAGAUGCCCGGUAAUGAGAUGAUAGGAUUUGUAGUUAACGAUAAACACCCUAAAAGUGUCCGAGUGUUCUGCGAUCGCUUCAUGCAUGUCAUGAGGUAUAAGAAGACCUUUCGGUACACGAAGAAGAUAUGGGCACAUGAUGAGAACUCCGAGUGUCGAUUGGGAGAUAUCGUACAGGUUCAACCAUUGGGGUACAGAAUGGGGCCUUUGAAAACAUACGUAGUUCGAACGAUCCUCCACCAGGAGCCGCGUGAUGCUGGUGACAAGUCGUGCCUGAGGGGAAGCGACGCGAGGAACCUCGUGAUGGCUCAUGGGGAGGAUGAGCAGAUCAAUUUCGAUAGUGUUGAUCCGGCGGACAAGAAGAAACCGAUGCAGGCAUGA